AUGGCGGCAACUGGACAGCUGCAGAACGUGUGGCACCUCCGGACUGUGGCGGAAGCAAGCUCGAAACCGUGCUACAUCUGCUACAAGCCCAGCGCAUCUGUGUUGACGACGCCUGAUAGCAAGGACUUCUUCUAUGUCUGCCGCUCGCAUCUUACAGACCGAGGCUUCGCAUCGCCGAUAGUUGACGAGAAAGCCGAGGCAGAGAAGCGGAAGAAGGAAGCUAUGGACAAGGAGAUCGAGAAGGUCAAGUUGGAGUACGAGGCGAAAGUCAAGGCUAAGAAGGCAAAGAAGAAGAAGGAUGACGACAAGGACAAGAAGGACGACGACAAAGAAGAUGUUGAGAAGGAGCGGGACGAUAAGGUGAGUACUGAUCCCAUGCGCAGGUGGUCGUUCGAGGGUCGUUUUGUGCAGCUUGUGGGAAAGGCACAUGCACUGCACCUGCCAAUUCCCGCACCCUGUGCACGAUCCGUGGCAACGACGCAGGCAUUGGACUUUCCUGUUCGCUUACUCGACACCUGGUCUGAUGCUCCUGCCCUGGCUGGUGCAAGCGCAGGAGUAGAGUCGACAUCGAUUUUCUUCCGCCAGUCACUAAAUGCUGACCAAGUCCAUCAUCAGAUCAAAGCGAUACAAUCCUCGCAAGGCUCAAAGGCGGAAGAUGGCCCACGAAUAUUUGCUCUGCACAGGAACUUCUACCAGAUGCGCAUUGACCGACUGCGCAACAUCGAGACGGCGAAACGUAAUGCACAGCGUGUCAGAGACCCGAAUUUCUUUCCUGCUGCACCGAAGGGCGAUUUGGGUAGCAGCUGA